UAGUCAGAAGACUUCAAUGGAAUUUUCCUCUCCGGUUUCGCCAUGAGAGGCAGCAGAGAGACGAAAAGAGAGAAUAGAAGAGGGAGGAGGAUGGGAAUGUAAGAGAACUGAACUGCGACACAGGACUUCUCACACAGACACAGGACCCCAGAGCUACAGGACCCCAAUAGACAUAGCACCCCGAAGUCAUAGGACAUCAGAGACACAGGACCCCAGAUUCAGAGGACCCCAGAGACAUAGGAUCCUAAAGACACAGGACCUCAGAUUCAGAGGAGCCCAGAGACACAGGACCCCAGAUUCAGAGGACCCCAGAGACACAGGAUCCUAGAGACACAGGACCCCAGAUUCAGAGGACCCCCAGAGACGUAGGACUCCCCCUUUUCUCUCCAUCCCCAGAGUCAUAGGACCCCCAGCCACUCCAUCCCCAGAGUCAUAGGACCCCCUCUCCAUCCCCAGAGUCAUAGGACCCCCUCUUCAUCUUCAGAGUCAUAGGACCCCCCUCUCCAUCCUCAGAGUCAUAUGACCCCCUCUCCGUCCCCAGAGUCAUAGGACUCCCAGUCCCUCCCUCUCCAUCCUCAGAGUCAUAGGAUCCCCUCUCCAUCCUCAGAGUCAUAGGACCCCCUCUUUGUCCACAGAGUCAUAGGACCCCCUCUUCAUCUUCAGAGUCAUAGGACCCCCCUCUCCAUCCUCAGAGUCAUAUGACCCCCUCUCCGUCCCCAGAGUCAUAGGACUCCCUCUUUGUCCACAGAGUCAUAGGACCCCCUCUUCAUAUUCAGAGUCAUAGGACCCCCUCCCUCUCCAUCCUCAGAGUCAUAGGACCCCCUCUCCAUCCUCAGAUUCAUAGGACCCCCUCUCUGUCCCCAGAGUCAUAGGACCCCCUCCCUCUCCAUCCUCAGAGUUAUAGGACCCCCUCUCCGUCCCCAGAGUCAUAGGACCCCUUCCCUCUCCAUCCUCAGAGUCAUAGGACCCCCUCUCCAUCCUCAGAUCCAUAGGACCCCCUCUCUGUCCCCAGAGUCAUAGGACCCCCUCUCCGUCUCCAGAGUCAUAGGACCCCCUCUCCGUCUCCAGAGUCAUAGGACCCCCUCUCCGUCUCCAGAGUCAUAGGACCCCCACCCCGUCUCCAGAGACAUAGGACCCCUAUUCCCCCCCCCAGUGAGAUGGGACAUAAGACAGUGAGGGCCCCUCAAUGUACAUUGCCUCUGUUCCCACUCCAAGGGAUCUGGCACUGCUCCUCACAGUGACACGGGGCCCCUGGACCCCUAUCUUCUGGAUUGCUCUCCAGGUACACAGAAGUGUAAGAUCUGCUGUCAUCUGGAGCCCCUCACAGUGCUAACCCAAAGAGGAGAACUUACCCCCCCCCCCAGGAGGAAAUCCUACCACCCCCAAGGAAGGAAGCCUGACCCCCCCAAGGAGGAGAACUUACCCCCCCCCCCGAGGAAGGAAGCCUGACCACCCCCAAGGAGGAGAUCUAACCACCCCAAAAAGGGGAACUUACCCCCCCAAGGAAGGAAGCCUGACCACCCCCAAGGAGGAGAUCUAACCACCCCAAAAAGGAGAACUUACCCCCCCCAAGGAAGGAAGCCUGACCACCCCCAAGGAGGAGACCUGACACCCCAAGGAGGAGACCUGACACCCCACGGAGGAAAACUGACACCCCACAGAGGAAAACUGACACCCCACAGAGGAAAACUGACACCCCACGGAGGAAAACUGACACCCCAAGGAGGAGACCUGACCACCCCUAGAUACCUCAGGACAGCGCCGCCUGCUGGACGCUUCAAGAUGCUGAUGCAGCUCCCGCCCUCAGAUACAAAGUUUUGGAGAUUCUACCGGGGGAUCGUGUUGGUAUAUCGGGUGCGGGUGAAUACAGUGACUGCGGAUUCUGCAGGACUCGUCCAUCACGCCAGGAAGGUGAUCCAUCGCGGGCCGCCAUCCCAUUGCCAGACGCGGGAGUUCGUUCGGAAAAAUGCCGCCAACUUCCUGUCCAUGGCCAACCUGCUGAUGGGCCUGAGCUCCAUCCUCUGCAACCUGAACGGGUACCGGCAGUGGGCGUGUUGGCUCCUCCUUAUCGGCUUCAUGUUGGACCUGGCGGACGGUGCGGUGGCUCGGCAGCUGAACACGUGCUCGGCUCUGGGGGCGAAGUUGGAUGACUUUGCAGAUUUCACAUCGUUUGGUUUGGCCACGGCGCUUCUUCUGCACCGGAACGGCCCGAUGGACGCUCUGCUGGUGAUGGUGUACGACCUCGCCGUCUUCACACGCCUCUGCUUCUACUCCAGUGGAAUCCCCUUCAUGUACCGCGGGCUACCCUGUCCGUACGCCUCCGCCAUCUUGUCUUGCGCCUCUCUCCUGACCAGCGGGCACCCACUAGUCCUGCGCGCCAUCGCCAUCAUCAUGAUCCUGUUUAUGAUUGAUCAGGGGAUCUACCCGCAUGACAAGAUCCUGGAAUCCCAGGCCUGGAAGAAGAUGGUGUUUGCAGGAGACUGGAGGAAGAGGUGUAUGUCGGGAGCACUCAAACGGAGUGUGGGACGUUCCGUUACAGGUGUGUUGAUGAUGCUGUGCUCCUUCUCCCCCCUGGCCUGUUUGUACCACUUGGUAUGGUCCAUGUCCUACAUCCUCUUCCCGGAGGCCCUGUGGAGCUUCAAGGUGUGACGCACGCGGGUGGUCGCUGUGUGACCUGACAUUGGCGUGGGUUUGCUGUGAUAGACGCAGUUAUAUGGAGGUCUCUCUCUGGACCGGCCCCCCGGGGCCCCUCGUCCUCGGAAUCCAGAAGACAACAAACAAUGGAGACCGGGAGACGCCACCCCUCCCCCACAUUCCCUGGGACUUGUGUCCCCACAUUGCCGCCAUUUCCUGUCACACCGGAGGAGGGGAAUUCUCCGCCCGCCAGGGAGAGGGACGAUGGUUCUCCAUGGAGGAGCUCCGCCCCCAGAUAAUUGUCUAUGUGAUUGAUGUGAAUAUUUUCUGUUUGUAAGUUUGUAAAUAGAAGAGAGAAAUAAAGUUUAUCAGAUCCGCGUGGAUCCCCGCCUCCUA